AUGUCUCUUAUAAAAUCAGUCAAAGAGAAAGACCAACUUCUACUUGAUGAUUAUCGAUACCGUCGAGAUAGAUUAGUUUGGCGCUGUGUUACAAACAACUGCAAAGGACGUGCUCGUUAUGAUGAUGGAAUUUAUACAACUUAUCAAAAUCACAUAUGUCGAGCAUCAGAUCCAGAUGAAAUUGAAAAAGCAUUUUAUAAUUAUGAAAUUAAAAAGAAUGCGCAACAAUGUCAUGAUCCACCACGAUUAAUCAUUCAAAAUGCUCGUCUUAAAAUAUCAUUAGAUGCUGCAAUUAACAUUCCACAAUACACAGCAUCGCAACGUUCAAUUCAACGUGUUAGACGAGAUAAAGAUGUUCAAACAGAACCUAAAACAUUUGCGGAUAUUAUUAUACCAUCAAAUUAUCAAGUUAAUGCAUUAAAUGAACAAUUUCUUUUAUAUGAUAAUAAUGACAAUCAACGACGAAUAUUAAUCUUUGCUACAAAACAACAUUUAGAUUUUCUUAAUGAAUGCGAAAGUUGGCAUUGCGACGGCACUUUUGCCGUAGCACCUAAGCUAUUUGAACAAAUGUAUUCUAUUCAUGGUUCAAUUCGUGUGGCUCAACAUGUUCGACGAAAACCUGAUUAUAUUACCAUCGACUUUGAAAAAGCAGCAGAAAAUGCAUUUAAUGUUAUAUAUCCAGGAUGUGAAAUUCUUGGCUGUUUUUUUCAUUUUAAAAAAUGUAUUUGGAAACAUAUUUGUGAAUUACAUUUAAAAAAAGAAUUUCUGGAAAACCAAAAUAAUCGUCGAACUAUGAAAAAUUUAGCAGCAUUAGCUUUUGUUCCACCUAAUAAUGUUGUUGAAGAAUUUGGACGCAUAAAAGAAAAUGCAUCUGAUAUUUUAGAUGAACAUGCCGAUAAAUGUUUCCCAUUGUCUGAAACUUCAGAAGCUGCAUCAUCAUCAUCAUCAUCAACACAAGUAACCUUGAAUCAAAUUGGAUUUACUAAAUCUAGAAAAUUUAAUGAAAAAGAUAUUAAAAAAAUAAAAGAUUUAUCGGUGGAAUGGGUUUGUGGGGGGAUUAGACCCUUAAGUAUAUUGGAUGAUUCAGGUUUUAGACGUUUAGCACAAGAGUGUGUUCGUUUGGGUGCUAAUUGUGGUGCAUUUGAUGUUUAUGAACUAUUACGUGGAGAAAAAACAAUAUCAAGACAUGUUACUUCAUUUGCUGCUAUUUGUCGUGAACAAAUAAAAGAACUUUUAUCAAAUCCUUUAAAAGAACAUUCAAUAACAAUCUGUCCAGAUUAUUGGAUAGAUCCAUACAAAAAAAUAUCUUAUUUAGGUGUUAGUGUAAUUAUCGUUGAUGACGAAUAUUGUUAUAAAUUAAUUGAUUUAUGUUGUAAACCAUCUGAAUAUGAAAGAAAAACAGCUGAAUAUACUUUAAAAGUAGGGAUCAAUAUUUGUAUUAAAGAAGAAGCUGGCGUUACUUUACAUCAAUCGUGUAUCGUUAGGUGGUUAUCGAUGAUAAAUUUGUUGGAAAGUGUUCUACAAACAUUCAAAACAACAAAAAGAUUAUUAUUAGCUAGAAACAAGCAAUCAUUAAUUCAUGAUUUGGAUGUAUUAACAAUAAAACAACUUGUACUUGUUUUGAAGCCAGUAAAACAUGUUGUGACAGUUGUUCAAACAGGCAAUUCACCAUCUUUGCACUUGGUUUUAUUAUGUAAUUUAACGCUGAAGCGUGCUUUAUCGUCUUAUGAAUCAUUACUUGAUUAUGUAAAUACUUACUGCAAUCAAAAUGAUAAACCAUCAAAUAAAUGGGAACAUGAAGAAAAUGAAAAUUAUGAAUCAGAAGGGAUCAAAUGGUUUCGUGAACGAUUAUUACUUUUAAUCGACGAGCUAUUCAAUCUUGAUGUUCGUCAUUACUGUGCAACUAUGUUACACCCGAAAUAUAAAUUAUUAAAAAGUUGUACAAUAGAAGAACGUUCUCAAUGUCAUCAAUAUAUUCGUAGGCAACUAAAUAUUUUACAUGAUACAAAUUUACGACACAAAUCACAUGAACCAUCACCUGAACCACAACAAAAAAAAAUUAAAAUCAGCUGA